UGGUAUACUACUGAAUCGAGAGGAGGUGACUUACUGAUGACGUCACUUGUUACACAUACAAGGAUGUCACAAUGCCAUUGAAUUCUACUGCUGUUGUGAGGAGAGGCAGUUGCAAGAGGUGAAGAGGAGGAAUGAAGAUCUGUAGAAAAAUGGAGGCUUAUUUUAUUGUUGCAAAGCCACGAGCUUGCAAAUGAAGAAGUUCGUGGACUUUUCCAGAGGGCUCAAUUCAGUGCUGUUUUCCUGGUAAGAGAGGUUUCAGACAGAGACAAACAACAAAAUGAACAAUCCAGCUAUAAAGCGAAUAACAAAUGAAAUUAUCAAAUCACCUGAGGAUAAACGAGAGUAUCGUGGACUGGAACUGGCAAAUGGCAUUAAAGCUCUUCUCAUUAGUGACCCCACCACAGAUAAAUCUUCAGCAGCACUUGAUGUACACAUAGGAUCUUUGUCUGAUCCCCCCAACAUUGCUGGGCUUAGUCACUUUUGUGAGCAUAUGUUGUUUCUGGGAACCAAGAAGUAUCCAAAAGAGAAUGAGUAUAGCCAAUUUCUUAGUGAGCAUGCCGGGAGCUCAAAUGCUUUCACAAGUGGAGAACAUACCAACUAUUACUUUGAUGUAUCACAUGAACAUCUGGAAGGUGCACUAGACAGAUUUGCCCAGUUUUUCCUGUGCCCUUUGUUCGAUGAAAGCUGCAAAGACAGGGAAGUGAAUGCUGUUGAUUCUGAGCAUGAGAAGAACCUGAUGAAUGAUGCCUGGAGGUUGUUCCAAUUAGAGAAGGCUACUGGGAAUCCCAAUCAUCCCUUCAGUAAAUUUGGAACAGGGAACAAACUCACUCUGGAAACUAGACCAACCAAAGAAGGAAUAGAUGUAAGACAAGAGCUAUUGAAGUUCCAUUCUACUUAUUAUUCAUCAAAUUUAAUGGCUAUUUGUGUCUUAGGAAGAGAAUCCUUGGAUGAGCUGACUUGCUUAGUAGUAAAGUUAUUUUCUGAAGUAGAGAAUAAAAAUGUUCCUAUACCAGAGUUUCCUGAACAUCCUUUCCAAGAAGAACACCUCCGGCAACUUUACAAAGUGGUACCCAUUAAGGACAUUAGAAAUCUUUAUGUCACAUUUCCUAUACCAGACCUUCAGAAGUACUAUAAAUCAAACCCUGGCCAUUACCUUGGUCAUCUGAUUGGGCAUGAAGGCCCGGGGAGUCUUUUAUCAGAGCUUAAAGCCAAAGGAUGGGUAAAUACUCUUGUUGGAGGACAGAAGGAAGGUGCGAGAGGUUUCAUGUUUUUCAUCAUUAAUGUGGACUUAACAGAAGAAGGACUUUUGCAUGUUGAAGAUAUUAUUUUGCACAUGUUUCAGUACAUUCAAAAGCUACGUACAGAAGGACCUCAGGAAUGGGUUUUCCAAGAGUGCAAGGACCUAAAUGCUGUGGCAUUCAGGUUUAAAGAUAAGGAGCGACCACGAGGUUAUACAUCAAAGCUUGGAGGAAUGUUGCAUUAUUACCCUAUAGAAGAAGUAUUGGCUGCUGAAUAUUUGCUCGAAGAAUUUAGACCUGAUUUAAUAGAGAUGGUACUGGAUAAAUUGAGACCAGAAAAUGUUCGAGUUGCAAUAGUUUCCAAGUCUUUUGAAGGAAAAACUGAUCGAACAGAAGACUGGUAUGGAACACAGUACAAGCAAGAAGCAAUUUCUGAUGAAGUUAUUAAGAAAUGGCAAAAUGCUGACCUGAAUGGGAAAUUCAAGCUUCCAAUGAAGAACGAAUUCAUUCCUACUAACUUUGAGAUUUUGCCAUUGGAAAAAGAUGCGACACAGUACCCUGCCCUUGUAAAGGACACUGCUAUGAGCAAACUGUGGUUCAAGCAAGAUGACAAAUUUUUUUUGCCAAAAGCUUGUCUCAACUUUGAAUUUUUCAGCCCAUUUGCUUACGUGGAUCCCUUGCAUUGUAACAUGGCCUAUUUGUACCUUGAGCUACUCAAAGACUCCCUCAACGAGUAUGCAUAUGCAGCAGAACUAGCUGGCUUGAACUAUGAUCUCCAAAAUACCAUCUAUGGGAUGUAUCUUUCUGUAAAAGGUUAUAAUGACAAGCAACAUAUCUUGCUCAAGAAGAUCAUUGAGAAAAUGGCUACUUUUGAGAUCGAUGAAAAACGAUUUGAGAUUAUCAAGGAAGCGUACAUGAGAUCACUGAACAACUUCAGAGCUGAGCAGCCUCACCAGCAUGCAAUGUAUUAUCUCCGACUCCUGAUGACAGAAGUUGCUUGGACCAAAGAUGAAUUAAAAGAAGCUCUAGAUGAUGUCACUCUUCCCCGCCUCAAGGCCUUUAUAGCUCAACUGUUGUCACGGUUACACAUUGAAGCACUUCUCCAUGGCAAUAUAACAAAACAGGCUGCAUUAGGAAUUAUGCAGAUGGUUGAGGACACUCUGAUUGAGCACGCUCAUACAAAGCCACUCCUUCCCAGUCAACUAGUGAGAUACAGAGAAGUGCAACUUCCUGACAGAGGUUGGUUUGUAUAUCAACAGAGAAAUGAAGUUCAUAAUAAUUGUGGCAUUGAAAUAUAUUACCAGACAGACAUGCAGAGCACUUCUGAGAAUAUGUUUCUGGAGCUCUUUUGUCAAAUAAUCUCAGAACCAUGCUUCAAUACUCUGCGCACCAAGGAACAAUUAGGUUACAUUGUGUUCAGUGGUCCACGUCGGGCAAAUGGCAUACAAGGACUGCGAUUUAUUAUACAAUCUGAAAAGCCACCACACUAUUUAGAAAGCAGAGUUGAAGCAUUCUUAAAAACUAUGGAGAAAUGCAUAGAGGAUAUGACAGAAGAGGCCUUCCAAAAACACAUACAAGCUUUAGCAAUUCGUCGUCUAGACAAACCAAAGAAGCUGUCUGCAGAAUGUGCUAAAUACUGGGGUGAAAUCAUUUCCCAGCAGUAUAACUUUGACAGAGAUAACAUUGAAGUGGCUUAUCUAAAGACUCUGACCAAGGAUGAUAUUAUACAGUUCUACAAGGUGCUGUUGGCAAUAGAUGCUCCCAGAAGACAUAAGGUAUCAGUACAUGUCCUCGCAAGGGAAAUGGAUUCCUGCCCUGUUGUUGGAGAAUUUCCAUGCCAAAAUGAUGUGAACCUGGCACCAGCACCACCCCUACCACAGCCGAGUGUGAUAGAAAAUAUGACAGAAUUCAAGCGCAGUCUGCCACUCUUCCCACUGGUGAAACCACAUAUCAAUUUCAUGGCUGCAAAACUGUGAAGAACCCCAGUGAAGAAAUGCAAAUGAUGAGUACUGACAUGGUUUCAGGGGACUUCAUGAUGAACAAAAUGAUUAAAGAUCAUUAGGAUAAAUGGUUCUGUCCGUUAUGAAAGUCCUGAAUUCCUUCUUGGUUCAUUUGACAUUAGCUGUGUGUUAGGGAUAGAGAGUAUAUAAAAAUCAGUUGUGGUCAUGUGUCAUUUAUAUUACAGACAACCUGUUGAAAACCAAAAUCAACUGAAACAAUAAUAAUAAAAAACUUGUAGAUGCAGUAUAUUUUUAAAAUAGUAUAUCCCUCCAAAAUUUCAUUUUGAUAAAAUAACCCUCCAGACAAAAUUGCUUGAAAUAUCCUUGUUACUCCUGAAAACCACCAUUAGUAUCCCAAUAAUUUACCUUAUUGGAGACUGGAGGGGGUGAGGAAAAGAAGGUCCUUUUUGGGAUGUGGGCAACAAUUUUUCUUACAAAUAGAGACUUUCACAUUUUUUUGAAGGGAUGUGUUGAAUGAUACUUUUUAAAUUGAUCCUUAACGCAACCAACAUAUUUUCUAUUUAAGUUUUAUGAAGACCAGUGGGGGGUGAAGAAAAGGAAAUUUGACAACAUGGUAGUAAGUGAGAAUUGUCUUAAUGAGAAUAAUUGAAGAUAUGGGCAUGAUUUUAAUCUUUCUAUACAAAUUGGGGGACAUUUUAUAUUAAAACUAGUAAAAUGCUGGAAACACUUUAAUAGUGCAUCUUAUUUUUGUUAUCAAAAGUGUUGUCCCAGUCUGUUGAUACUGUCAACACUGCAUUCAGUUUUUUAGGGUUACUGUGAAUUGUUUCCGUUUGGCGUAUAAAACACGUUAUUUGCUGUAAUUUUUUUGUUUUCAGUUGCGUAUGUACUGAGGGAGAACUCAGUCUGUUUUGCCUCAUGUGUUAUGUUAGGUCUCAGUCCAGCAAAGCACUUAAUAGUGCAACUAACUUUAAGCACAUGUUAGUUCUUGACUCAAGAGCAGGUGAAUGUCAGAUAGGGGCCCUGUAACCAAUCAGACACAUUAUAGUUCUGAUACAUCUGUGGGGGUCCUUCUUGUUCCUUCAGAAAGGCAUCUGGGACAGUGCAGUACUGGCAUAGAACCAGGGGGUGGUUCAGGUUACAUCACAAAAUGUUUCUUCCUACUUCUUUAAGAAGGCUGCACAGAACCUAGAAGGAGGAAGAGUUGUGCUGAAAUUAUAUAUACAUAUGUAUGUAUAUAUAUUCCAUAAUUUAGUAGAACAGCAAAACAAUAAUAUAUGGUGUCUAAUCUUCACCACGUAUACUGACUUCUGCAGAGUGGUCUUUUGCUUGGUACAGCCCCAAGACAGAAGGAGGUAAGGGAGCAUCCUACUAAGUUCUGCCUGUUUAAUGCAUAAAAUUGAUUGCAAUUUUUCAGACAGUAUGGAGUAUGCAAAGCACUGAAGAUAUAAAAUCUGCUCAUCAGGGGUGUUACUGAGAAUUUGGUUCCUCUUAAAAGAACCCGAAGUUAAGGCCCUGAUGUGACAUGGGUGUUGUCACGUGUCAGAAUCCAGGUAUAUUUGAUAGGAGUGUUUUUGUAAUUGAAGUAAUGUUUUUUUCUUACACUGGCUUUGAAGCCAAAUUAUAUGAAUGCUUGACAGGGUAAGGGCCUUAAGUUGUGUUUAUCUGAGAGUCUCUUUUAACUGAAUAAUUACAGUGUAUUUAAAAGUUAUUAUAAAGGUUAUCAGUACGUGUCAACACCUUUUUAAUAAAUUUGAUUGUAGCUUGUGAUGUAACCUGUUGCCAGGGAAGGCCACUAGCAUUUUUUUUUUUGUAGUCUCAGAAAAAAAUAUUAAACAUAAGCAAAACCAAUUAAGGUGUCUGUGUUCACCACAUAUCUCAUGGAUCCAUUACAUAAAAUGGGCUUUCUAACCCUCUUGCAUUUUGCUUUUGUUUAUAGUUUUUCUUUAGUCAAAAUAUUUGUAUUAUAUAUAUAUUAAAUUUUUGACAACAUAUUAUAAAAUAUAUAUUUUGGGAUUUAAUAUUUAAACAUACCACUCUUACAGUGAAUAAAAUGAAACGGCUUUUAUUGUGUGUAAAAAUAAAUAGAUAUAUAUAUAUUCAUGGAAGUACUAUUGACUCUUAAAUUCUAUACAUAAAUUGGAAUAGCAGUGUAUUUAACACUAGCUCACAAAUCAUGCUUUCCAGGGGAAAAAAUGUAGAAUUUCAAAGUUCUGUGACUGGAUGUGGAAACCCAUGUAGUUCUCCAGCAACUCUUAAUUACUUUUAAGUGUUCUCCAGCAUUUUACAGUUUCUGAGUUUGAUAUAGCAGUAAAUUUUGAUAAACUCAGGCAUACUAAUGGGUUCGUUAUAAUGGAUCCAAAGCUGCAGUGUCUACAAGCAAUAAAAAACUACCUAGAAUACACUGUAAUUCAAUUUUAGUGCUUGUUAACUAGUUUAUGUAAGAAACCAUAAAUUAUUAUUACAUAACUGUAAUUUUUGCAAGUGCUAUUUUAAGCAAUUGAUGUGGAAAUGGGUGCAUGUGACACAGCCAGUAUGACAGAGUGCUAGAGUUAUUCUGUUUACAAUAAACAAUCUGAAUUUAAUGUUUGGAGUUCUUAAUUUGUUUCAUUUUAAUUUUUUUGCAUACUGGUAAUGUUACAUCUAUCAGUCUGUGCAUGUGUUUUAUUAUAUGUUGAUUGUGAUUUUUCUGGUAGCCAGUUGCUUGGACUAGUUAGGCUGAAUAGCAUUGCUGCUGGAGAAGUGUUCCCAGUCACUUCUGGGCAAGUUUCCCAGGAUUUCCCCAUGUCGUAUCCAAUAUAGGUAGAUCCACCCCUGUUGCUCUCGAAAACUAAAUAAUAGAAAGGUAGGAAUACUUGCACAAGACAGAAUUUUAAUUACCAAAUCUGAAACUGUAAAUUCAGAAGCAUCACUGCAGCCAGACUGAAUCAUGCAUAGUGCAGCUUUACAGUGUUGCUUCUGAGAAAUUGCUUUCCUUGGCCAUUUUCUUUGUUUUAUGCACGCCAAAAGAUUACAUUUCUAAAGGUUAGGAAUUAAGUGUGAUUGAUUGUUAGAACAGUAAAUAGUGUGAGUUCUGAACUCUGACAGUGUAAAGAUAUGUCAGCAGGGGCUUCUGCUCCUUGAAGUAAUUAUCUGGCAGUUAGCAGUGUUAGAAGAGACAGGUUUUGUCCUUGGCAUUGUGAACACUGAUUGGUACUCUGAGCAAAGAAACAAAAUGCCUGCAACCCACCUGGAAAAUUAUUUGUCCCCAACAUCAGGGCUCUCUUUCUCCGCUCCCAAUAAUUAGGGAUCGGUGUAAAUCUUGAUAAACUGGCUUUAUUGGUUUUUAUCAAAAAAAUCAAGCUCUCUGAAUAAAAUUAUUAUUGUUAGAGCUUUUUUCAGAACAUUAUUUAGACACUUGGACAUGAACAGCUCUUACCCAUAAUGUGUUCCACGGGGUAAUUGUAAUGUGUGGAGAAAGCAUUACACACCUUUUUAACUUCAUGUAUUAUUUUCUAGCUCUUGUUUUAACACAAGGUCAGCAGAAUCUUUGUUUUCUCUCUGCCAUUUCUGGUUAGAAUGCUUUUGCUACAGGUGUGCUGUAAAGUGAAAAACAGUUAUCUUCUAUACCUUUCUUCAUGCAGGUUUUUUUUUCUUCCGUAUUUUUUCAGUAGCUGACCACUGAACUGAUACGGUCAUUUGCAGUGACACCUGGGCCCUUCUCUUGAGCUAAUCCCUAAUUUGAUACUCAAAUCCAAUUCUGAAAUACUUUAAUUUCAAGUGAGAUUUUAAUAUUGUUGCUUCAUGCUGCACAAUACAAGGCACCUCUGUGCUAUUUUAAAAGCAGAAGAGAUCAGAAAGUCAGGCACCUUUCUUACCUUUCACGUAGUAUCAAAAGAAGCUUGGCCUAUGUAGACUCUGCUGAGAGGUUUCUAUCUGAAACAUUUCAGUUGCUAUUUACCAUUCAAAGAAUAUACCCAUAAGUUACAGUAUGUGCUGUUGGUAGAAUAUAAAUGCUAAUGGUAUGUGAAAUCUGAAUUGCAGUUCAAAGGAAGAAAGUGUGUAAGGGCAAAGGCUCAGCAGAAUGGGAGAUGUCACAAUUAAAUCCACUUACUUGAACUCUAGCAUCUAAAGGGAAUUUAAGAUAGAAAAUAUUUAUGGAUUCUUAAAUUAUUAUUUCAAAGCCACCCUAAGGCUGUUAACUCUAAGUGCAGCAUUAAAAGAUGUGGACACGACACUGCUGAGCUUUUGCUGCUGUUAACUUUCAGGACUCCCUUUUCAGUGAUGCAGUGAAAAAUUCUGGAUUAAAUUCUGGACUGUUUGUGCAGUGGAUAAGAGAAGCUACACAGCUCUGAGUGGACUUCAGGUUACUGUUGCACUGAGCGAGGAAGUGACUAGGCUUAGCUAGUAGGAAACUAGUGCGAGGCAUCCAAGUUUAAAUCCUCCAUUUUUCUAAGGAUUUACCUCCACCUUACUCUGGGUUAGUUGUGCUUUCUUCUGCUUCAGAUUCCAUUACAGCUUUUCACUGCCUGCUCAGCUUCCAUUUCGGGAAGGAGAGUAAGGAAUCGUAGUACUUUACAUAUCUUUGGCAGUUACUAGAAAAUUUUCCAUGGGAAAGCAGCUGGAACUCGGGACCCCCUUCCCACCCUCCUCAACCCUGUCCCGUGGUACAUAUGGGCUCAUACAUGCACGUGUUCUGGUGGUGAAUGCUUAAAAUCAGAAUUUUAAGCUUAAAUUCGACAAAAUAAGAACACCUUCAACAGAAGGGAACAGGGAGGUCCCCACCUACGUUACAGACCUCCUGGUAAGUGAGAAAAAUAGGGUAAAGGAAUUCUAAGAGGAGAUGGAAAUGAAGCUGAUUUUUUGAUAACUUGCACUAAACACUGAGUUGUGGCAUAGGAAAACACGCUUUUUAUGUGAAGUCUGCUGUGAAGGAUGAACUCCUGUGAUGGGAGAGCUAAAAAACAACCUGCUUGUGAAUUCCAGGGAGAUGCAGAUCAAUAUUAAUGCAUUCGUCAUGGUUAAGGCUGAGUCAUUUCAGAGCAGGCACAAAGAUGGUAUGUAGAAAAUGUGGGUGUGUACAAAUGUUAGUGAAAGCUGAGGCUGAGACUUUGAUGAUCUAGAUCUUGGAUGUGAUGAUUUUAGUGGACAGGGGUCUUAAAAAUGUGCUGAAUAGUAUUAAAAGUGGUGCAUUUGAUAAGGCAGUGUUGGAGCUAGUCUAAACCACCAGAAAUACAUAAACACUUCACAGCAGUAGUGCUCAAAAAUGAGUUCAGUUGGUAUUUUUCAAACUUUCCAGCUUGCUUUGGAAGGAAGUAAGUUUAGCAGGACAGGUUUCAACCCAAAUGAUUAUUUGCAUAUGUGUGUAAAAGCCAGGGAAGUUCACAGCUUAGUGCCCAUCAGUGCUGUAAAGUCAGUAAGCUGUCAAACAGUUCAACAUUUCCCCGCUUUCUCUGUCAUUACCAUAACUUUUAGCCUGCUAAUACUUGUGCAUUCCAAACCUUCUGCAGUACCCUGAAAGGGGGGGUGGCUGGGUAGGGAGCGGAAUUGUUUCUUAGGACCAUUUACUGCAACUGAAGUUCUGUGUUUUGACUGCAAGAUACCAGUGUCAUUUACUGGCACAAACCUGUUAAGGAUGAAGCUUCAGGAAUCUGAAAAAAAGGUAUACGAAGAUAAUUCUGUUCACAGAUUUGAUUAAUCCUCAUUUCCAGAUCAAAUUGUAGGAAGAGAAAGAAACUGUGAUGAUUCUGCAGCAUCAAAGUGUAUUCUAGAAAUGCAGGAAUCUGUAUGUAUAACUGGAUCUGGCAUCUCCACAAGCUGAUUGUUUAGUUCUGGUACAUGUCAUCUUCAAGGGCAGAGUCACCCACUGUUCAUCUCGCAUUGCAUUGUGUCUCUGUUUCCAAAGUGAGAUGACCACGUAGCUCCCAUUGUCACAUCAGCCAGAAGUGUCACUGAUGUCCCUUUAGCACUGGAUGUUCUAGGAUUUAUUUUUUUUUUGUGAUUAGAAUUUACCUUCUAAUCAUGCUGAGCUGUAUCCGUAAAAUUAAACAAAAUGGCAUCUGCAGUAUGGCUAAGUCUGGACAGCCACACUGGACUGCUGCUGAGGCUCAGCCCAGGGGGAGAUUUAAGCAAGUAGAAGUAUUUCAGAAAUAAUUUAAAAACAGGUGCUCCUGAACUGCAGCAGGAGACUGAUCUGCUGUUGUAUGCACAAUAUGAUUUUAUUGCUGUGAAUAAUCUAAUAAAAAUGUACCUUACGCAGCUUUUUCCUGGAAGUAGGUAUAUGUAAGAGCAGAAUAGCUUGUAGGUUUUGUGUAACUUGAAGAAUGCGUAUACAAAGAAUGCUUGUAGUUUGGAUUUUACACUUGAAUUUAAAUGUCAGUAAUCAUUAGUUUAAAGAUGUUAUGAAUGUGAAACUACAGAAGAUUGUAUUAAGCUCAGUGUAAGUGUGAGCUGGGGUGCUCAUGAGCCACUUAACAAUAAUGUGGAAGUGGAAGAUAAUGCAUAUGAGUUGAAACCAACUAGUUAUAUGUCAUUUUGCACUUCUUGUCUGGUAAUCAUGUCCUAUCUGUUGUGUCAUUGUGUAUAAAUU